CCUUCAAUGAGAACCACACACCCCUCAGUUCCCCUGACGUGUUCUGCAGCGAUUCCGUCUCCUCCAUGCUGCAGUGCACCCUGCCGGCUCCUUUUAUUCGGUAUAUACUAUUUAUGUAAAGUAUUGAGCUUGAUGCGAGGUAGCAUUUGAAAUGGGAAAACUCAGUUGUAAUUAUUACCUGAAUGAGAUUCUUCUUCUCCUUACUGUCCUCCUGUUCCACUUUUCGUCUCAGCCUGCAACAUGCGGCUUCAUAGUCAAAUGUCUUCCUGGCUUCCAGGGACCACUCCCUUUUGUUUUAGAGACAGGGUAUGUUGGAGUUGGCGAAACAGAGGAUACGCAGCUGUUUUACUAUUUUAUUGAGUCAGAGAACAAUCCCAGAGAUGACCCUCUCGUGCUCUGGCUAACUGGCGGACCUGGUUGCUCUGCACUUUCCGGUCUCGUCUUUGAAAUCGGUCCACUUGGAUUUCAGAGCCAGGAAUACAAUGGGAGCGUGCCGAAUCUAGUGUUGAGACCCAAUUCUUGGACAAAGGUAAGUAGCAUCAUAUUCGUAGAUUUGCCUGCUGGUACGGGCUUCUCUUACUCCAGAACACUCCAGCAAGGUGACUGGAAAGCAAUUCAUCAUGCCCAUCAGUUUCUUAGGAAGUGGCUGAUUGAUCAUCCGGGGUUCGUGUCCAAUAAAGUAUACAUCGGCGGCGACUCCUACUCCGGCAUUCCUCUCCCGGUCGUUGUUGAAGAGAUAUCAAAUGGAAAUGAAGCUGGCUUCCAACCCCGGAUAAAUUUGCAGGGAUACCUGCUGGGUAAUCCGGUGACAAAUCCACCCAAAGCCAAUUAUGGAAUUCCAUUUGCUCAUGGAAUGGGACUCAUUUCUGAUGAACUUUACGAGUCACUUCAAAGAAAUUGUGGAGGGGAGUACGUCAACGUAGACCCCAGAAAUGUAAACUGCAUCAGAGACAUACAGUACUUCCAAAAGUGUACUUCAGGAAUUAACGGGGUCCAUAUUUUGGAACCCGUAUGUGAGUUCGCAUUGCGAAAACCAGUAGAAAUAUCUUGGAGAAGAUCUUUCGCUUACAAGACCAGGGCAGUUCUCGAAUCCCAUCUCGCAGUGCCAACCUUAAACUGCAGGACUUAUACUUAUUACCUGUGUGGUCAUUGGGCCAACGAUCCCGAUGUUCGCAAGGCGCUCGGUAUCCGAGAGGGAAGUAUAGGGAAAUGGCAGCGUUGUGACUAUGGAAUGAAUUACAAGUAUGAGAUACCUGGAUCGUUGGAGUAUCAUAUGAAUCUCAGCAGAAAAGGCUAUCGUUCGUUGAUCUACAGUGGGGAUCAUGACAUGAUAGUUCCUUUCCUGGACACUCAAGCGUGGAUAAGAUCUUUGAACUACUCUAUCGUCGAUGACUGGAGGCCCUGGCGUACCAAUGGCCAAGUUGCAGGAUACACCAGGUCUUACUCCAAUCGAAUGACAUUUGCAACUGUGAAGGGUGGAGGACAUACAGCUCCGGAGUAUAGGCCUGAAGAGUGUUUUGCCAUGUUCAGUCGAUGGAUAUCUGAUAGGCCUUUGUAGAAACAUCAAGUUAAGCGGAAGGGGCGAUCCAUAACAGUACAACUAGCCGGAUAGAGAUUGUUUUAUCUUGAUAAGAAGCAUAACACAAAUACUAGGAAACUGAAAACUGAUCAAUAAAAUGUCCCCAUUUUAUCACCAUCAGUGCUUGCCCUUCUAGCCCUUAUCCUGCAUCUGCGGACGCUAUCAUAUUCCUCGUAAAAUAUUUCACUUGCGAAAAUUAUAUCUUCAUGAGAGUAAACGUUGAGACGAAAAUAUAUUUUUAUCAACUAAGAUAAAUAGUUGUUUUUGUUCA